UCCUUUGAAAAUAAAUUGUUAGCUGUUAAGUUUUUUUUCCGGAUACUCCGCCGUGACUUCCGUGUUGUUAACAAGCUAGCUGAGAUUAGCAGGCCCGGUUAAUUAACAGUAGAGUUUAGAAAACAGUGAGCAACCGAAGCCAUUGUCGUUAAUACGACACCCUGAAACAUUUCUUGUUCAGUACUCAGAUUUUGAGAGCACACGCAGGUCACACUGGAUGGCCCAGCUGCUAACAGUUGGGGCCAGCUGUCAACAACCUUUGAGCCUGUACGUGUAACAUCAGUCCGCAAUGGCCAGUCAUUUCCGUAGCUACAUCUGGGACCCGGUCCUCAUAGUGAGUCAGAUUGUGUUGAUGCAGUGCAUCUACUACAGCUUCUUGGGCCUGUGGUUAGCUGGAGUGGACAGUCUGGUGCAAUCUAGUCGGUCACUGGACCAGAUCUUCAGCUAUGAAGUUCUUGGUUUUGCAACAAUGCAGGGCAGGCUUAUAAUGAUGGCAUUCAUCUUGAACUCUCUUACUUGCGCCCUCGGUCUGUGGCUCUUCAUCCGUCGGGGGAAACAGUGUCUGGACUUCACAGUCACCGUGCACUUCUUCCAUAUGAUCGGCUGCUGGAUAUAUAAUGCUCAUCUUCCAGCUGCCCUGUCCUGGUGGCUCGUCAAUAUAGCCUGCAUGGCGUUGAUGGCUGUAAUCGGGGAGUACCUGUGCAUGCGAACUGAGCUCAGGGCCAUUCCAGUCAAUAGCGGACCUAAAUCUAACCUGUGAAUUGUCGUUGACACCACGCUGAAAUUCUGUGGACAGUGAACCCCUGAGGAACUUGCUCAGAGAAGGCUUUUUACUGCUUGCAAAAGAAAUGGAGUAUUUACCUCCAGCAGCGUAGAUGUUGGAUUGUCAUCCAUCUCCGCUUCAAGUGAUACACCAGAUGAACUGAUCUAUUUAUUCAUAGCUGUCUGCUAAAUGUUGGACAGUAUUAACUCUGUAGCAUAUAAGAUACAUGUGUUAUUGCUUAUAAAAACAGACAUCAGUUUACACCUUUCUCUGAACCUAAUGACUUUACAUUUUAUUCUAAUUAAUUGCAUUUUGUUUUCAUUUUAAGUACAUUAGCAUGAGCACCUCAUUCUGUAAUUUUAAGAUUUGCAAUAUUUUUUCUUUUUUCUGGGUAUGUGCACGUCUUCAAAUGACAAAUUGAAACUUCAGAGCAAAUACAAACGGUCUUAAAAAGCAGCAGAAGAGUAACCACAGUGACAUUUUCCUCUCCUUGUGUUGGUAUAAUCACAAGCCUGCUGGGUUGGCAAACAAACCUAGACCAUCAUGUUACAGGAUAUUUUGUUUUUAAAAUAUAAAUGUCCCAGUUGCACCUCACUACAAUUUAGAGAUGUCAAUGUGCAAAAUGACCUAUUGCAGCUUUUAUCACAUUUUCUUACAGCUCAUCUUAAAGUUUAAUGUUUGUUAGAGUUCAGUGUUCAAACUGGUAUACUAUAGUUUUCUGAGACAAUAAUUGAUCAUUGUGUAAAUCAAAAUGUAGGAAAAAGUUUCUGCUUUAUAAUCUCUCAACACAUUAUUCAUUAGUAUAAAGUCAGGCUUAUUUUUAGCUUUCUGGAUUAAGUUUGCACAUUCAGUCUCACAAGGCCUUCCUUGUCAAACUUGUACCGCAUUUUGCACAGCUAGUGCUGUUUGUUUCCGUGUCUUUAUGACAUGAUGUAUUAUGCAGACAUGGUGUCCACUUUGGGGACAGUCUGUCAGCCACCAGCUGUGUUCUGACAGCAGACUUUAUCUCUCUUUCUGAAAACACUAUUACUGUUUGUGGAUCUGUUACUUGAGUAUUACAGGUCUUUUAACACAUACUUGUAUAUCUUUUUAUUCUGUGUGGUGACUGUCAGAUUGAAGCUCUGAUGCUUUGAAAGUGUGGACUAUGCAGUGUCUUGUUUUGAAAUCUGGAUUUUUAAAUCAUAAGCAUACAUCAUACAUCAUUAUGCUGCAGGGGUUGAUAUUUAAAAGUUGUACAAUAGUUGGAAAAUGCACCUAUUUGCUUUCUUGCUGAGAGUUAAAUGAGAAGAUCAGUAUCACUGUCGUAUCUGUCCGUUAAAUAUGAAGCUACAGCCAGCAAGUGGUUUGCACAGCUAGGACAGGAAACUUGAAAAAGCUAGCCUGUUGUCCAAAGGUAAAUAAACUAAACCCAGAACACGUUUUAUCUCGUUUGAUUAAAAGUAAAGUGUAAAAAAUGAAAA